AUGGCUGCCCUUCCGGACUUGACCGACUGGCUGGUUGAUUCGAACGAGGCAUUCGGCAUAAGCCUUGUUUCGCCUUCGAAAUCAGGGCUCCGACUGAUUGACAGCUUCCACCCCAAAUUCACGUAUGCCAUUUUCGGCGAUGACGAAAAGAUAUUUGGCUACAAAGACCUGAGGAUUACGUUGCAAUACCGAGCAAAUGACAUGAGACCACAUGUGGAAACCAUCUACAGCAAGAAGUUGAAACCGCCGACUGGCGUUGACGAGCCCACGGAUAUCAAUGCUCUGCUUCAAGAGGGAAACCAUCUGCCUAAAAUUGCCUUUGUAAAAGGUUCCGACUUUGAAAAUAGCGCUCAACAACUCGGCGAUAACUGGACACCUCCUGGCACUCUUUACGAAACCAUCGAGGGACCGGACGGAAAAUAUGAAGUCUGGAAGGGCAGCUUGGCUGACCCUGCAGUUUCACAGCUGAACUCACGUAUCCAAAUCUUGGUUCCUCUCUUCAUCGAGGGCGGUUCCUACAUUGGCCAGGACCCCAAUUCAGACUCGCCCACGCCAGACUUGUCCGAUGCAGACCGUUGGACUGUGUUUUUCCUAUACCGUGCGCAAAAGUCGACUGAUGAACCGGAGAAGACCUCAUAUGUCUUUGUCGGAUAUUCUACGGUCUAUCGGUUUUUCUACUUCGGUCGGCCCAUAACCCCUCCGCCAGAUGGAGACAAAUGGGAAUUGCCCGAGGGCAAUCUCGACCUGGCUACGCUUCCUUGCAGGAUUAGGCUAUCCCAGUUCAUCAUCCUGCCACCAUUUCAGGGCAAAGGCAACGGAGCAAGACUGUACAACUCCAUAUUUAAACACUAUUUCGACCAUAAACAAACACAUGAAUUCACCGUCGAAAAUCCGAAUGAAGCUUUUGAUGAUAUGCGAGACCUGUGUGACCUCGCUUUCCUGAAAUCGUUGCCAGAAUUCAGAAGGCUCGAACUGGACUCUUCCGUCGAAAUCCCCCAAAGUGGUGCCAUUCCCAAGUUAAUACGCGGGGAAGAAAGACUGGAGAGCAUUCGGCAAGAAGCCAAAAUCGCCCCGCGGCAAUUUUCUCGAGUCCUUGAAAUGUACCUUAUGUCUAAAUUACCUGCUUCAGUACGACCUACAAUGGGUUUCAAUGAUGCACCUGCGGCACCCACGGAGACAGACAAACAACUAGAGAGGACCUGGCAGCUAAUUGUCAAGCAGAGGCUGUACAGACACAACUUAGAGCUGCUGUCUCAGAUUGAACCCGCUGAGCGAAUCGAGAAGCUUCAAGAGACCCUAGCCGGCGUCGAACUGGAAUACGCUCGAAUCCUAGCUGCCCAUGAAAGGUGCAUGAGCCACCUUCACAGACCUACGAAACCGAAGCGCGGAUUGGAGGAUUCCGAACCCGAAAUUUCAAGCAAAAGGCCAAGGAUCGAAGGUGUAUAG